AGAGGGAGGGCAUAAGGGGUGGGGGGGUGGCAGGAAGUGAGUCAUAGGAUAGAGAAUCACAGAUCAGCUGUUCUCUCCUGAAAACAGUGGGGGUAAAGGUCAGGGCUCCCCAUUCUUGGGUUUGAUCUCAAAGACCAAGGCAGCAACUGGAAUGAGAACCUUGGUUGAAACCCGGGGCCGGCCGUGUUCUUGCUGUGUGACCCUCCAGCAGACACUAUCUGUUUGAUCCUCCACUGCCUUAGAUCUGAAGUGAGGGGCCUGGGCCAGUUCAGCAGAGUCCAGUUCUAGUGUUCUCAGUCACUUUCGUGACUGAGGGACGAUUUUGCUCCCCAGGAGACGUUUGGUCCUAUCUGUAGACAUUUUUGGUUGUCACUGUUGAGGGUGGGGUGCUAUUGGCGUCUAGUGGGUAGAGUCAGGGAUACUUCCGAAAGCACCCUAUGAAGCUCAGGACGGCUCCCCACAAUAUAUUCAUAAAACACUAUCUCUCGGCCUACAUGUCAAUAGUGCCACUCUUGAGAAACCCUGCUAUAGGCCGGGCACAGUGGCUCACACCUGUAAUCCCAGCACUUUGGGAGGCCAAGGCAGGCGGAUCACAAGGUCAGGAGUUUGAGACCAGCCUGACCGACAUGGCAAAACUCCGUCUCUACUAAAAAUACAAAAAUUAGCUGGGCGUGGUGGUGGGUGCCCGUAAUCCCAGCUACUCAGGAGGCUGAGGGAGGAGAAUUGCUUGAACCCGGGAGGCAGAGGUUGCAGUGAGCCGAGACUGUGCUACUGCACUCCAGCCUGGGCAGCAGAGCGACACCCUAACUGAAAACAAACAAACAAACGAAAAGAAAGCCCACUUUAUUGUCAGAUACUUUGCUGUCAAUUGUCUACACCAGUGAAACAGAAUAGGGCACAAAAAAUCGAAAACAGCAGAGAAUAGUUGGUUACAAACAGGGCAUUUGACUGGACUGCAGUUAAAACUGAAUCUCACUCACACUGGCUUGGAACCAAUUCUUUGCUGCUCAGCCUUGUGGCUAGAGUUUGGGAACCCAGCAGGGGCCACAGGAAAGGCCAAUGUUCUUCACAGAUAAUGUUAUUCAGCUGACAUUCAAGUGGGCCAAUAUCCAACCUCAACCAGAAAAAGAAAGAUUCUUUAUAUCCUCAAAUAACAAAACAUGUCGCACCCUUGGAAUUUUCCAGGGCACUAAGGAAAACUACAGGCCCUAGGUUGGAGGUGCUCACUCCUAUGAAAGUGUUUUCUGGGGCCUGGGGUUGCAUUAAUUUUUUUUUUUUUUUUUUGAGACAGAGUCUUGCUCUGUCGCCCAGGGUAGAGUGCAGUGGUGUGAUCUUGGCUCACUGCAAUUUCUGCCUCCUGGCAUAGAUUCCCUUGAGGCAAGCAAUUCCCUUUUUGCAGCCUCCUGAGUAGCUGGGACUGCAGGUGCCCACCACCAUACCCGGCUAAUUUUUCUUUUUUCUUUUCAGACGGAGUUUCGCCUCUUGUUGCCUAGGCUGGAAUGCAAUGGCGCGAUCUCCGUCUACCGCAACCUCCGCCUCCCGGGUUCGGGUGACUCUCCUGCCUCAGCCUCUUGAAUAGCUGGGAUUACAGGCACGUGCCACCAUGCCUGGCAUUUUGUCUUUUUAGUAGAGACAGGGUUUCUCCAUGUUGGUCAGGCUGGUCUCAAACUCCUGACCUCAGGUGAUCUGCCCACCUCGGUUUCCCAAAGUGCUGGGAUUACAGGCGUGAGCCACCAAGCCCAGUUAGUUAUUUUUUAUUUUUUAUUUUUAGUAGAGACAGGUUGUACCAUGUUGGCCAGGCCAGUCUUGAAGUCCUGAUCUCAAGUGAUCUGCCUGCCUUGGCCUCCCAAAGUGCUGGGAUUACAGGUGUAAGCACUGCACCCAGCCUAAAUGUUGAACUUUAGAGGAUUUAAGUUCUAGUUCCACCUGGCUGCUGACUGGAGUGAAUUGCACUCAGCUAGGUUCAUAAAUAGCUAUAAUUCAAGGUCACAAGGGCUGAGGGAGGGCCAGUCCCAGGAAGGGCCCAGAAAACCCUGCCUUUUUCUUCUUUCAGCCUGGCUUUUGUUACAUUGUUACUAGCCCCAAAUCUGAGUUUAUUAGAGUAGGCUCAGAGUCAGCCAGAACUUUAGAAUUUCUCUUGUUGUGGUGCCCACAACCUUUCAGGGGCAGGGGGAUGAGCCACAAACCCCCAGGCUGUCCGGCUGAGAACCGGAUGGGUGCUCCUGUCCUCAAAUCCUGGGCCUAAGCCUGACCCAGGCUUGGCAGUGAGCUGGGAGAGGAGGAGGGAGGCACUCUGCCGCUGACCUUCAAAGGCUGUAGACCGGAGGGGAUCGUGUUACAUGCCCUUGAACUCCUACCCCUCCCCCCAGCUACGCCUGAAUGGAGUCAGGAAUUCCAUUCACAAAAGGGAUGCAUGAAUGAGCCCACCCUCCCACCUCCUCCCUGAGGUGUCGGGUUUCACCAUCUUCUCAUUCAUAGGUGGGAGUGGAGUGGAGUCGGGGGAGGGCGGGAAGGGGUUGGAACUUGAACCGAUGGCUUCAUACCACCGCCUCCCUGAUGUGGAGUGGGGAGGUUCCUAUCCUAUGGAAUGGAAUGAAAUAAAGUGAAAUGUGCUCUGUUAGACCUGAAAAAACAAUGCCCACUGCCCACUGCCUCUUCCCCAGGUGCAUGCAGGCACAUACUCUCAGUUUGUCUCACACACACACACACACACACAGGUGCGCACGGGGCUGGGAAUCUGACCUGCUGACCGGACAUGUGUCCAUUCUGAGGGAUUCAGGCGUGGACACCCAACCCUUUCCCCCGGACGUUCAUCUCACCCUCCCUCCUCCCUCUGAACCUGCAGGAAACAGCUGCUCCCUGGCAGCUUGGGCCUUGCAGAACAGCUUGCCCAGCCCCUGCUGCUGCCUUCCAUGGCCUCUGCCCCAGCCCUCAAGUUGAGGGGCUCCAGCUUCACACUCCCUCUGGGUGAACUUCCCCUGGGAUUUUGUGGUUGGCAGGCAACUUGGGCAAAGAAUAGUCACCAGGAAGCAGGAUGGAAGGAAGAACUUUUUUUUUUUUUUUUGAGACUUAAAUUUCAUUCUGUUGCCCAGGCUGGAGUGCAAUGGCGGGAUCUCUGCUCACCAUAACUGUCGCCUCCCGGGUUCAGGCAAUUCUCCUGCCUCAGCCUCCUGAGUAGCCAGGAUUACAGGCAAGUGCCACCAAGCCUGGCUAAUUUCUUUGUAUUUUUAGUAGAGAUGGGUUUCACCAUGUUGGUCAGGCUGGUCUUGAACUCCUGCCCUCAUGAUCCACCUACCUUGGCCUCCCAAAGUGCUGAGAUUACAGGUGUGAGCCACUGAGCUGGCCUAGGAAGAAAUUCUUGAAUGUGGAUAGGAUUUCCUCCUCCCUUCCCCCCCAGCUCCACCCUAGCCACCUCUCACAUACCCCUUUCUUCCCCACAGAUCUCACUGGGUGUGCAUCAAUGUACCUCCACACAGAGGGCUUCUCCGGGCCCUCUCCAGGUGAUGGGGCCAUGGGCUAUGGCUAUGAGAAAACCCUUCGACCAUUCCCAGAUGACGUCUGCAUUGUCCCUGAGAAAUUUGAAGGAGACAUCAAGCAGGAAGGGGUUGGUGCAUUUCGAGAGGGGCCACCCUACCAGCGCCGGGGUGCCCUGCAGCUGUGGCAAUUUCUGGUGGCCCUGCUGGAAGACCCAACUAAUGCCCAUUUCAUUGCCUGGACGGGCCGGGGAAUGGAGUUCAAGCUCAUUGAGCCUGAUGAGGUUGCCAGGCUCUGGGGCAUCCAGAACCGGCCAGCCAUGAAUUAUGACAAGCUGAGCCGCUGGCUCCGAUACGAGAAAGGCAUCAUGCAGAAGGUGGCUGGAGUGCGUUACAUGUACAAGUUUGUGUGCGAGCCCGAGGCCCUCUUCUCUUUGGCCUUCCCGGAUAAUCAGCGUCCAGCUCUCAUGGCUGAGUUUGACCGGCCGAUGACUCUGGGCAGAUCCCCACUGUCCUACCAGUUGCCCUGGCCCAGACUGAGCUGCUCACCAGCCACGGGGAAGGAAAAGUGGAGAAAUGGCAAGUCUCUAAAGGGGGAGUCUCAGAAACUCCCCUGGGGGCUCCACCUGGGCCCUGGGGGAAUUCAAAUCAGCUUCUUCCCAGGUCCUGCUUCCUGUGUCCAAGCCCCCCACACCUUUUCCCCAACCACGGAGAACAAGAGUUUGUUCUGUUCUGGGGGACAGAGAAGGCGCUUCCCAACUUAAACUGGCAUGAGGGAGAGGAGGUUCUCUGAGAUCCCCAGAUCUUCCCACUGCGGUGGACUUUGCCCCAAGCUGUGGCCCUGGGUGGGUCCCGGCUUGUCAGUUCUUGGUGCUGUGUUCCCGGAGGCAGGGGGAGGUCGACGAAAAGGAACCUGGGAUGGGGGGUGCUGGGUGGAAGCAGAGAGGGAUGGGCUCCUGCUCCAAGGGGCCCUUUGCCUUUCUUCUGCCCUUUCCUAGGCCCAGUUUCCACUUCCACCUCCACCACAUCUGCCAGACCUUAAUAAAGCCCCACUUCUCCCCUUAGUUAUCCUGUGUCCUCUUUGCUGUCCUGUGAAAACAGACCUGGGGAUGGAAAGAGCUCUGGCCUUGGAGCAGAGCUCACUGGUUUGGGGCCAGGCCCUGACAUUUAAUCCCCAUGUGGAUUUGAAAAAAGGUACCUAUUUCUCUUCUGAAAAAUGGGCUUAAUGAUACCU